AUGGCACACGAUGGCCCGUCUACUGCCGAAGCUGCGUGUGCUACAGCGAGGGACAAUGAGGAAGAUUCAGAGAGGCCCCUCGAGGCGCACCUCCCUCUCCAAGUCGAGUUGUCGCUGUCUUCACCGACCCCGUCGCCUUUCGCGCCACGUUCGUUCGCUGCAAGUGGCCGUCCGAAAGCGGUAUCAGCUGCAGCAGCUCCAUCCUUAUCGCUGGUCAAUAGCCAAGACACAGACGCAUCGAAUGCGGUCCCACGGGGCCCCUGGAACGCACAGAGACGCACCCAAUCGGAUGGAACCUUACGAGAUCACACGCUGUCGUCCACACCCUCUCUCUCAGUGGAUUCUUCUGCUGCCGCGUUGCCGACGUUUUUAGCCAGACCGACGCACUCCGAGUCGUCGCUAAAUAUUCACGAGGAGAAAACAGCGGAGGCGCUGCCGCCGCCCAUUUCAGUGAGAACGUCUGGUACGUUGAAACCUCUUGGACUGAUCGCAAUGGGGGAAGGCAUUCUCGCUGGCAUGGCCGACUUCGCAGGCAUCAAGUCGCCUCGAGACAAGGGCACGCGUGACGUCGUUGUGGUCUACCGCGCAGCUGGUCCGCUGUUUGUGGAUUUGCUCUCGCGAGACGACGGGACGGGAGCUCUUGUGAAGGCGUUUCGGAGGAAAGCGGAUGGGACCAUGGCAGUUGCUGAAGCUUCGGGUCGUGUGUUUCCGGGUGACGAACUGGUGGCGAUUAAUGACGUGAACGUGACCAGCAUGGUGUUCAACGAGAUCAUUACGGCUGUGCAGGAGGCCACGUUUCCGUUGAAAUUGACAUUCCAUUGCCAUCGAACGAAGAAAGAGGAGCUGGGAAAGAAGCAGACUACAAUGCCACCGACGUCACCCUCGAGUAGUCCAGGGUGGGGUGCCAGACUGAGCCAGAUGACAAGGUCAGGAUCAUUUGAGCAGAAGACCAGCGGAACGGAUCUGAAUAGUGCCAAUCCACGGUCACCGUUGGCGUCCUCAGCGAAUUCAGAAUCGAACGGAGGAAAGUACGGGGUUUCGCUUGGAAAAGCAGGAACUGACGGUAUGAAAAAGAGCUUGUUGCGCAUGAUUGGCAACAAGCCAUCUAGACCAGAGGAGGACAAGAAUGUGGUGAAAGCUUGGAUGGACAACCUCGCGCUGAAACCGCACAACAGCUCGGCAGGAGGCCGCCAUCGCAAAACACCUGCAAAUACAAAUGUAGAUGUGCCGCACUCGACGCCUAUUGUAGCCGUGACAACUAGAGGCCGAUUUGUUGGUGUACUGGAUGACGAUCUGAACGAAUUUACGCUCACGUGGUUUCGCAAGACGCCACCCGAGACGGAGAUCAGACAGAUAAAGGGCGUCAAACGGUGUCCGUAUUUUCCUUCGGUGGAUGAUGUGGGCGCGAUUCUGUCAUUGCGUUGCGAGUCACUCCGCUUUGCACAUCUACAGCGUGUAGUAGAGAUGCCUCGACCGUUAGUACUGGAUGCAGACGUGAGAAAGACGGUGGACGUAUUUGUAGAAGCUGGCGCGGGUUCGUUUUCCGCUACUUUGGCAAGCAAUGAGCACGAAAGCUUUCAAAUCAAGAUUUCGGCCACAUCGGUGGCUCUUGUAAAAGAGCAGAAGACGAUAGAGGUGUCGUCGUGGACGCUGCCUACGGUCCAUAUCUUCAGGCAAAAUCGCGACAUUUUGACGCUGCUCAUUCGUACGUUCCGAGCUCGUUUGAUUUCACCCGAGCAAGAAGAAAUAGCUCGAGCCGAUGAGAGAAAUUUGUACAUGGACCCGGCGUUUGACGUCGCUGCAGCAUCCCCGCUACCACCAGCACCAGUGACUGCAACUCAAAGCGUGGGGCCACACUUGGGCGGAGUGUCCCCCGCUAGUGGCUGUACUGCGACGAGAGAUUCUGCAGGUAGUGCAGGGUCGCCGCCGUCGGCAACAACUCCGGUAUCAGGAGCUACUUCUUCGCCUAUUUCUAGGAAGCUUCUUUCGGUACAACUACAAAGCGAGGGGUCGCUAAGCUCCGUGUCUAGUGCGCGGCUGAGUGAUCUAGUUGGUUUGAACCGCGAAAAUUCUGGUCAGCUGAUGAGCGAGCAAACAUCGGACUUCACUUUAUCUACACCAAGACCACCUCGUGCAUCCGUGAUGGCAAGCAAAAGCGGUUGUGGAGUGAGCGGCACAGAUGUUGGUGCCGACAAUUCGUUUUUGGAAGGUCGUCUUGCUGCACAAGACAAGGAAAUAAACAUGCUUCGAGAGAAGCUUGUAUCGGCGUCGGUUCUCCAAAAAGUAGCAAUGCAGGAGAACAAGCAGAUUGCUGCAUCCAUCGAGCUAAAGAACAGUCGCAUCGAGUUGCAUCAAACGAAGAUCCGGCAACUUGAGAAGCUUGCGAGGCAACAUGAUACACAAGCACGCGAAACGCAGAUAUUGCAGUCAAAACUAGAGAAGGUAGAGAGGCAGCUGGCAUCUUGUCGACAAGAACUAGAGCAGCUGGCUGGAGUUGCAGCAAAGCGAACAGUAACGAUGCUGGACCAAGACACGCAAACUGAGGCCCAGUUUUUCAAUGGAGAAAAGCGGACAGAUACCGCUGUGCUCGCAGCACAAAACUGGAAACGUGAUGCUUGGUUUGGGACUGUCGCAACGGUAAGCACCACCGACCUACAACAACAAGUAGAAGACCAGCAGGUGCAGAUUGCUCAGCUGGAGGACAAACACGUGACUUUGGUGGCCGAACGCAACAUGCUUCGCACUAAAUCAACAGAGCUGUCGAGGGAGCUUCGCAGACUUGUGGUGGCCAACGACAACCAGCCACUGGAUGAUCUUGCAGCACAACUCACGGAGCGAAGACGCCUGCAGGUGGAGCUUGCCUCAGUUAAGGCUGAUGCGACAAAAACAACUCACGAAUUGGCAGAACUCAAACGCCUCUUCGACGGUGGUGGUGACAAGAUCAAGGGUAGCAAGCGUCUUGUAGCUCGGAACAACGAGCUGCUGCGCACUGUGCAGCAGCUGAACGAAUCCCUGAGUGAAGCCAGAGACCAAGUCGAUGCAGUCAAGAAAGUCAACAGCUCUCUCGCCUUCCGUCUUCAUCGUCUGCAACCGGACGCUCGUGGUGGCAUUGUCGAAUGUGUGCCUUCCUCUCCUUCGACCAGUUUUCCGGCUUUCUCGUCCGGCGAUGAAGACGGCGACGACGACGAGGAGGAAGAGGAUGAAGAGCUCCAAGAUGGCAUUGCCGCCUUUCGACGGUCACUGACGAGACGGUGA